AUGAACUAAGACUUUGAUGUUUUUUAUCAAUUUUCUGGUUAGUCAUCUAAUAAUAAUUAGAACUUUUAAUUUCCAUCCACAGAAAUCAUGAAUUCAGAAUAUAAUAAGAUAAGGUUUUAGUGCAAUUUAAAAUUACUCUAAAAAAAAAUUAUCAUGUUGUUUGGUUUUCCAUCAAUAAAGGUUGAAAGUUAAAGAAUACAUUUAUAUUUGAAAGGAAUAUUAAACCUAAGUCAAUCUGAACAAUUAAAAAAAAUUAGAAAUUUAAUUAGUUUUAUGGGAGAAGUUACAUGUAUAAAUAAUUGGGAUGAAAGAAUUCUCAUAAUUAAAUCAAGAGUUUAAUAAUUUCUAAAUAUUCAUGGAUUAGAAAUUAAGUGGGGCGAAGAGCAAUGGUAAAAUGAAAUUGAUUCCAUAGUAACAGUUAGAAUCAACAAUUAUUAUUAUGAUACGAUACAAAAUAAAACUUUUUCUUAUGUUAAUUUAUUUAAUACUCUUUAAAUCAAAUUACCAAAAGAAUUAAAAGAUCUAAAUCAUCAUUCAUUUAAUUCAAUAUAAACUUCAAAUCUCUUAAACGAUUUUCAUUUCUUAUGUGACUUAGAUGAAUUUUAUACAGUUAGAAAUACAAGAAAUUUUAUAUAAAAUAUUUCUAAUAAACUUAGUGACUUUAUGAAUUUAUUGAUUGAUAUGGAGAUAAAAUCAAAUUAAGUUGAAUAAUAUAUCAGAAAUCGCUACUAAACCUUAUGUGAAUAAUUAUUAGAUAUCAAAAGGAAUUUUACUUUUUUAAUAUCUUAUUCGGAUCAUUAAAAAAUUAAUAAAAAAUAAAAUUUAAAUAUUGAUAAAUAAUAAUUAGAAACCUAAACUUUAACCACUUCUAAAACAACAAUCAUUUAAGGUGAUUUUUAUUCAAAAACCAAAAAAUAAAUAAAAAAAAAAAAACUAGAAAAGCAUUCAAAUUAGAGAUCAUCAAAUACUUAUUCAAUAUCUAAGGGUAAUAUUAAAUCUGAAUUAAAUCUUAAGAAUUAGUGCUUAGAUUAAUCUCAAGUUUUCGCUACUGCAGAUGAUAAAGACUUAAUUUUGUAGUUAUAAAAUUAAUUGUAAAAUAAUAAUUUAAUGGGCCUUGAUUUUUCUUAAAUCUUCGAAUACUCUUUGGAAAGAAUUAAAUAAAAGAUUUUAUAUUACGAGUAUAUUCAAUACUAAAUUGAUCAAUUAGGAUAUCCAUGCAUUAAUUUGGAGAAGAAUAAACUCCUCUUAAUUCUUGAGAAUUAUAAAAUAUAAAAUUCGGAUUAUAAAAAUUUAAUUGUUAAACUAUUUAAUAUUUUAUCCGAAUCUUUUAUUAGUAAAAAUGGUUCCAUAGACAUUUUCUAGUAAUUAUAAGAUAAUGCAUUAAAUUAUUUAUAAUAAAUAUCAAUAGAUUUUCCAAUUUAAGAAUUAAAUUCAAUAUAGAAAGAGUAAUGCAUUUUAAAGUCAAAUAUGUCAAUAUAUGGUAAUUUAAGAAGUAAAAAGUUCUCUUAUUAAUUAUUAUCUUAGAUAAUCAAUAGAAAAUUUCCAGAUGUAAUAUAUAAAAUACAAUGUUCCUCAACAAAAAUUAUUUUUUAACAUUGGGAUAUUCAACCAUUGCUUGAUAUUUUUAAUUUUUAAGACUUAAAAAAUAUUAGGGUAACAUAAUAUUAUAUUAAUUAAAUUUAUACAUGUUUGUAAGUUUUAAUUAAUUUUAAAGAAUCAUUAUAAAACCAUUAUGAUUAAGAAUUAGUAUAGGAUUUUAUAAAAAUAGAAAAAUAAUUUAUUGAUAUAAUAAAUUAACCUUUGAAUUUUCAUGUUGAUUCAAAUUAAUACACUAAGUCACUAGAAAAAUUGAGUUAGUUUAAAGAUAUAUUUUGGAAUAAAUAGUAUGAAAAUAUCUAAGUUUGGGAGUUUGAUAUGGUAAAAGAUUUACCUAAAUUAUCAACUUUUGAGAAUGAAUAAAUUUAUGGAUAAUUGUAGGAAAAUUAAAAAGAAAAUUUAGAUUAUCAAAUUAGAGAAGUUUAUUUUGAUAUUUUUAGCCCACUUUAUGAAUUAGAUUCACCCAUAUUUCGCUUUAUAAAUAAGUCAGAAUAAUAGUUUCCAGAUCAAUAAUAGAAUUUGGAGGAUGAGAGUUAUUCGAUUUAUUUUAGUAAGUGA